CGCGGGGAGGCUGCCGGGAGCUGGCUCAGCUGAGGGUCCCGCGGCCGGUGCUCCCGGCGAGGCAUGAGCCUGUCCGGCUCGUAGGGGCCAUGCCGCCGGGUCUCCGGGCCUGCCACGCUUCGCGUCCCGGCCGCCGCGCCCUGCGUCCGCGCCGGGAUGGUGAACCUGGCGGCCAUGGUGUGGCGCCGGCUUCUGCGGAAGAGGUGGGUGCUCGCCCUCGUCUUCGGGCUCUCGCUCGUCUACUUCCUCAGCAGCACCUUCAAGCAGGGUACGUGUGUGAAAGGAAAGAUCUGCUGGUGAAUGGCUGCUGUAACGUCAACGUCCCCAGCACGAAGCAGUACUGUUGCGACGGCUGCUUGUCCAACGGCUGCUGCAGCGCCUACGAGUACUGCGUCUCCUGCUGCCUGCAGCCCAACAAGCAACUUCUCCUGGAGCGCUUCCUCAACCGGGCGGCCGUGGCGUUCCAGAACCUCUUCAUGGCAGUCGAGGAUCACUUUGAAUUGUGCUUGGCUAAAUGCAGGACUUCAUCCCAGAGCGUGCAACAUGAGAACACCUACAGGGAUCCCAUAGCAAAGUUCUGCUAUGGCGAGAGCCCGCCCGAGCUGUUCCCUGCGUGAUGGGCGCUGCCUGCUUGGGUGGCUGGGGCAAGGAGCCCCCUCUGAUGAACUCAGCGCCUGGAGCUGGGCUGCAGCACCCAGGCUGGUCCACGGGGAGAAGACGGGCAGCGUGAGGAGGCCUUGGCUGUGACCUUCCUUGGUCGCGCACUGCCCAGGCAUUGCCAGCUGGAGCUGUUCUGUGAAGCGGCCUGGAGCCUGGCUUGUCCCGCUCUCCAAGGACAGACCGUGGGCCGGGUGAGGGUGGCGGCCUUCGGAGAGGACGCGGCCCCGGCGCGUGCUCCUCGGGCCAGGUGUUCACCUCCAGUUUUGCCAUGGGCCCUUUCACUGUAAAAUUAUUUAUUGGAUUUUUCUGGCAUGGUGGGAAAGUUGUAAAGUUGUAUAUGGGAAUGCGCCUUGCCGGUUAGUCAAAUACACUCAAGGAAAUUUU